AUGCAGCGGCUGUUGAGAGAGCUUCAGGAAAGAGAAAAAAAUUCUCAAAGGCAACUGAUGGAGUUUCAACAAGGUGGAGAAUAUUCUCAGAGGCAGCUGACGGAGUUUCAACAACGUGAAGAAAAUUCUCAGAGGCAGCUGAGGGAGUUUCAACAACAUGAAGAAAAUUCCCAGAGGCAGCUGACGGAGUUGCACCGGCAACUGAGGGAAAUAGGACAACAGUUGACCAAUUGCCGAGGACAAGUUUCUGAACUACAGUUAAGUCUUUCAACAGCACAGCAAACAAUAAAUCAAUUGCGGAACCAGGAAACACGUGACUGGGCUAUUCCCCGGGACGAAAUUCAAAUCACAGAGAAAUACCUUGGGAGGGGGGGAUGGGGAAUUGUCAAUGAGGGAACGUAUUGUGGCUGUACUGUAGCAGUGAAACAGAUCCAUCAGUUGAUUAUUUCUCCUCAUAACAUAAAUCUGUUUGAAAGAGAAAUGAAUAUCGCUUCUAAAUGCCGCCAUCCUCACUUACUACAGUUCAUCGGCGCCACCAAUGAUGAGGGAACUCUUCUGUUUGUGACCGAGCUGAUGGAGAAAAGUCUGCGCACUUUGUUGGAGCAGCGGCAACUCUCUGGGACAGAAACACACUUCCGGUAAUUUGUUAGGACCGUAGGGGUUCAGAUUAAGGAUCUCACCACUGUUUUGCAGACGUUACUAACCGGGGUUAGAUUACGUCGACGAUUUAGGCUAUGAAAGCCAAACCUCGUUGGAUUUUUACUAACCGAGGCAGGAUUAGCUCAGUCGGUAGAGCAAUUGACUGAAGAGCGGAAGGUCGCGGGUUCCAUUCCUGGGGCCGGACCAUUACUCAGGGUCUUAAAAUAACUGAGAAAUGAAGGUACUUCCUUUGCACUGCAAGCGGCUAGACCUUGUCGUGUCUUGGAUGACCAUGGGAGAUGUCGGUCCUGUCCCCAGUUGGAGACCUUAAAAUAGUGUCCCCAAUUAGUACUUUCGUGCUAAAUACCUUGACACUCAACACUUGACACUUUAACAAUAUUGACUUCCUCAAAUUAUGUUUUAUUGUUGUUAGGUUGAUGUCUACAGCUUUGGUGCUCUUCUUUGCGAAAUGUGCAUCCGACAACUUCCAGAUCCUCGAAGGCGUAAGGAACAAGUGGUGCUUGUAACGAACGGUGUGUUUCGUGGCCUGGUGCGGCGAUGCCUGCAGAGAGAGCCUGAGGCGAGACCAACCAUGCAGGAGAUAAUCGAUGAACUGAAAGACUUCGAUCCAACUUCUUAA